AUGGAUACCCAGGAGGAGACGCCGCCGUGCGGCAUUAGUAUGCUGUCUGCUGCAGCAGCAAACAAGGAUUCUCUUAUGAGUGUCUCUACGGCUGCAUCAGCAGAGACGAGCUCGAGGCAGCUAGCUGCUUCUGCUGCUGCUGCUGCUGCUGCUGAUAAUGAGGAUGUAGAUGACACCUUUGGUGGUCUUAUUGACGAUGCAGCAGCAGACAAGGCUGCUGAUCAGUCUCUAUGGACCCUAAAAAUAAAAAAACAUCAUAGUGUGCUGCAGCAGCAGCAGCAGCAGCAGCAGCAGAAGAUCCUGCGUUUGCAGCAGCAGCCGCAUCAACACCAACAAACAACAACCACAGCAGCAGCAGCAGCAGUAGUAGCAGGGACAGGUACUGCUGCUGUGUCUGCUGUUGAGCUCCAGCUAGCAGCAGUAGCAGCAGCAGCAGCAGGACGUGCUCUGUGUGGCGCUUCUCCCGCUGCAGCAGGGACACCCCCAAGCCCAUUGCCACCUGCCCCUGCACCGGCAUCCACAGCAGCAGCAGCAGCAGGAGGCUGCCAAGACCCGCUGCCGCUGCUCGAACUCCCCCCACCAGCAGCAGCAUAUACUAUGCUGCAGGAGGACAGCGAAGCAUCUAACUUUCUUGUUAGCAGUGCAUCAGUAAGCCCUUCCCCUGUGCUGCUGGAUGCUGUUAAUGAGGCAGCAGCAGCAGCAGCAACAGCAACAACAACAACUGCAGCAGCAGCAACAACAACAGCAACAACAACAGGUGUAACUGCAACAACAGCAGCAAAACAAAAAGUAACAACAAAGGCACUGGAGGUCCCAACACCUGACCAUUGGAAACCAACAAAGAGCAGCAGGCAGCAGCAGAAACAGCAGAAACAGCAGCAGCGGCAGCAGCAGCGGCAGCAGCAGCAACAACAACAGCAACAACAACAACAGAGACAACAAAGGGAACGUGCUGGUGACUCCCUGCAUGCAGAGGUAGGGAGUGUAUGGGCAUGGAAUGGGAUCGACAGCAAUGCAGCACGCAACAGCAGCAGCAGCAGCAGCAACGGCAGCAACAGCAACAGCAGCAACAGUCUGUGGGGUGCUGAUGUGUCUCCGCAGCUUGCAUGCAGCCCCAACGGCUGGGCACCAGAAGAAAUAAAACAAAUGUGCGGCAAUUUCCCCCGCGUCUCCAACGGCCAAGACAUGCAGCAGAAGCUGCUGCAGCAGCAGCUGCAGCAGCUGCUGCAGCAAAAACAGAAACAGCAGCAGCAGCAGCAGCAACAGGACUCGUGGGAGUUGGAUGGUUGGAAACAGCAGAAGCCAGGGGAUCUCUUCUGCAGCAAGACAGCGCAGCCGAUGGCGACAGAAGCAGCAGCAGCAGCAGCUGCUGCUGCUGCUGCUGUUGACCCCGUGCUGCUAGCGGAAGCUCUGCUUAGAGAUGAGGCUCUCCGCGAGCCUCCAGGUGUAUGUACACCAGCAGCAGCAGCAGCAGCAGAAGAGGAAGGGAAAGACUCCCUCCUAGGGCCCCGAAGGCAACAUAAACAGGAAUGGCGCUUGCAGACUGAGCAGCAGAAGCAGCGACAGCCGCAGCAGCAGGAAGAGCAGCAGCUGGAUGUGGAUACACCACGGCAACAGCAGCUGCAGGUGAUGGAGUUGCUUGAGCGAAGCAGCAGCAACAACAGCACCAGCAGCAGCAGCAACGACAGCAGCAACAGCAACAACAGCGGCGCUGAUUUUCUGCAGGGUUUCCUGUCGCUUCCUGCUGCAGAUAUUGAUGAGGACAGCAGCAAGUGCAUGCAGAGAUUUGCUGCCUGCAACAACAACAACAGCAGCAGCAGCAGCAUGCAGCUGCAGGCAGCAGACCUGCAGCAACGGAACCUAGACUUCGGGGCUUGGAAUACAGGAACUAAUGGCUGCAGCAGCAAAGGAGACAGUUGUUUCCCUGGAGGGGACAGCUUGGAGUAUAGUGCCAACAGCAACAGCAGCAGCAACAACAGCAGCAGCAGCAACAACAUCAGCAGCAAGCUGCAAAUGCUGCAACAGGAUGGCACUUUGCUGCCUAAGAGCCCCAGCUUCACCAACCUAGCAGCAGCAGCAGCAGCAGCUCACAAGAGGCAGGAGACCGACAUACAUGCUUCUGGUUUUCCUGGUUUUGCUGCUUCUGCUGCUGCCGCCCCAGCUGCUGCUGCUGCUCUUUUUAGCAGCUCUUUUACGGGUCUCGUGGGAGCAGAGGAAGCUGCACCAUGGGAAACGAAGGAGACACCUGAGGAAGGAGACAGUAGGGCAUUGUCUCCAAUGGCUCUGCUGCAACAGCAGGGCCCUGUCCAGCCAGCAGCAGCAACAGCAGCCGUAGGCCUCGGAGGAGGCAACUGCGUAGAGGGGAGCAACUGGACAGGUGGUGGUGGUGGUGCAGCAAGUUGUUUACUUUCAGCAGCAGCAGCAAAGAACAACUCAUCACCUCCAGCUACCCUUACAACAUCUGUAACAAACAACAGCAACAGCUGCAACAGCAGCAGCAGCAGCAGCAGCACGCAACAUUUAGCAGAUCUUGCAGGUCUAAUGUUGUCGUUGCAGAGGCAGCAGCAGCGAGGAGGAGAAGGUUGUCUUGAUUGGCUAGGAGACCCUUCUUCUCUUCUUGCUCGUUUAGCUGCUGCUGCUGCUGCUGCUGCAUCAUCAUCAUCUGCUCCUGGUGGUGUAGAUAGAGGAGCAGCAGCAGCAGUAGUAAGUGCAGCAGCAGCAAACGUUGCUGCAGCAACAACAACUACAGGGAGAUGUCAUAACAGCAGUAACGGACGGAGCUGUGAUGGCAUAACCAACGCGAAACCGUCUCGCGCAGGUACAGGUGCAGCAGCAGCAGCAGCAGCAGCAGCAGCAGGUGCAGCAGAUAGAUCUGCUAUAAUCAAUAGCAGCAGCAGCCCCUCCCUAACUCCUACAACGCCCAACAGCCGCUCAACAACAACAAACAACCCCACUACCAUGACCACUCCAAAUAACCACCACAGCACGACGCACAACAACAGCAGCAACAACAGCAGCAACAGCAACAACAGCAGCAGCAACAGCAACAAUAGUGUUGCUACUUAUACAUUAAUAGUAAAUGUACCACCAAAUACAACUCGUCAAGAUUUGUUGGCGACUUUCAGCGAAUUCGGAAAAGUUGAAUUAACUGUUGUUGUAUGCGAUAAAGAACAUAGGCACCCUAAUAGGGAAUGGACUGCUACUAGUGGUAAGGAAAUUGUAUAA